AUGUUAAGAAAUAUAUUAUUUAAUAAUUAUUAUAAAAUACAUCAAAUACAAGUAAGAUUUAAGCGAACAAUAGAUUAUUCAAAAGUACCAGAGUUAUUGGAAAGGGAUAUAUCAGAGAAAUUUAUACGUGGAUCAGGUCCAGGCGGUUCAAAUACAAAUAAAAACUCGAAUUGUGCUUUUGUAAGGCAUAUUCCCACAGGCAUAGCAGUAAAAUGUCAUGAAACAAGAUACCUAGUAGAAAAUCGCAAAAGAGCCAGAAUCGCCCUAAUACAAAAACUAGAUAAACUUAUAAACAAAGAAGACAGCAUAGAUCAACAAAUCAAAAGAAUUCAAGAAAAAAAAAGCAUAAACAAAAAAUCAAAAAGUGAAAAGCUCAGAAUGCUGAAAUGCAACUGGAAAUUGAAAGAAAAUGUAGACUAA